AUGGCGUCGCCGUCGAUCACCGCCGUCUCUCUCCUCAUCCUCCUCUUCUCCCUCCUCUCUCUCUCCUCCGCUCUCCCCUCCCGCAGCAUCCUCAACGCCGCCGAAGUCCUCUCCGAUUCCGGCUACCUCUCCAUGGCUCUCACUCUCGAGGUCGUCUCUCAGUCCCUCGUCCCCAAGUCGCCGUCGCUCACCAUAUUUGCGCCUCCGGACUCCGCCUUCAAGCGAGCCGGCCAGCCCUCCCUCUCUCUCCUCCAAUUCCACUUCGCCCCUCUCGCUCUCCCCCUCCAAACCCUAAAAUCGCUCCCCGCCGGCACCAAGAUCCCGACUCUCCUCUCCGGCAGCUCCCUCGUCGUCACCUCGCCUUCUUCCGGCACCGGAAUUUCUCUCAACGGCGUCAGGGUCACAACCGCCGCCUCGCCGAUCUACGACGACGGGUUCCUGAUCAUCCUCGGAGUCGAGGACUUCUUCGACCCGAACUUCCAUGCUCCCGCCCCGACCCGAAUUCCGGUCUCGGAUCCGAUGUGCGGGUCGCCUUCGUCGAACGGUACAAGCACGAUCGGGUUUCCGGCGGCUUCUUGGUUUGAAGGAGCCAAAGGCGUGAUGAGGUCCAACGGAUACAGAGUGAUGGCUUCGUUUCUUGAUCUGCAGCUCAUGGGGUUCAAGAACCCUCCGAGUUCGUUGACCGUCUUUGCUCCGGUUGACCAGGCGGUGGAGAAUCCUCUACUGGACCCGUCGAUCUUUCUACGACACGUCGUUCCUUGCCGGCUUGUUUGGUCCGAUUUGGUGAAUUUCAGUGAAGGGACGGUGCUUCCAACCUACAUGGCGGGGUUCACCAUCAGAAUCUCAAGAAACGGCGACGUUUUGCUGCUAAACGAAGUUCCGGUGUACUAUGCAAACAUGUAUUACAGCGACUCCGUUGUGGUUCAUGGUCUCCAGGAGAGUCUUGUCAUGCCGGCAGAGGCGCAAGAAGAAGCUGCAGAGGAGUCUUCACAGGAAGAAGCUGGGAGUGAAACCAGUGAUGAUUCACUUCUAAUGGAUGAUGACAGUGAAUUUUGA